AAGGGCACGGAAGGAGGGAGAGAAAAAGAGACAAAGAGAGAGGGGGCAAUAGAAGAGGAAGGCGAAGCGGCAGGGGCACCGGGGAGAAGGCGAGACGGAAGGAGGAGAAAAAAGGAGGGAGGUAGAGAGGCACGCCGCGUGGACAACCGUGCACGCUCGUGUCUCUCUCUCGUUUCGUUUUGCUGCUUUCGUUCGUGCGAGAGCGCGGUGGAUGAGCUACGCUCGUUAGUGCCGGUUGAUGGUACGUCCUCGUGGUCCUGAGCCCGCCGUCAAGAGAUUCGUAAUCCUCCGUGAGGAGAGGAGGUGACCUCGCGGCCCCGCGCUCUCGAGGACGUGGGUUUAUUCGCACGUGGGUUAUCGGUGGUGUCAGUGGAAAGAGGUGGAGGAGGUGGUGGUGCCGGCGCGAGCGGCAACGCGAUCGGCUGCGAUCAGAGGUGGUUUCCCCUCGUCCCUUCGGGAAGCGUCUUCGUCGUCGUUGUCCUCCGUCGUCGGAGGACGUCGUCCUCGAUAGCAAUACAACACCGGCGCAAUCAUGUAUAAGCUACUGGGAGGGCUGAGCAAGUAUCUGAAGCGGCAGGACAUCAUCACGGACUCUGUGCUGUUUCGUCUGCAUAACCACUUCACCACGGUGCUGCUCUUCACGUGCUCGUUGCUGAUCACGGCCACCCAAUAUGUUGGUAACCCGAUCUCCUGCAUCGUCCAGGGCCUGCCCACGAACGUCAUCAAUACUUACUGCUGGAUAACGUCCACGUUCACUAUGCCGGACGCGUUCAAUCGACAGGUCGGCAUGGAGGUCGCCCAUCCAGGAGUGGCCAACGACUUUGGGGAUGUCGACGCGAGGAAAUACUACACGUACUAUCAGUGGGUCUGCUUCGUGCUGUUCUUCCAGGCAGUUAUGUGCUACAUACCGCAAUGGUUGUGGGGCAUGUGGGAAGGCGGCCUGAUGCAGGCGCUGGUCAUGGGAAUGAAUUGUGGUAUGGAUAGUAAGGACAAUAUAGCGAAGAAGAAAAGUGCUCUCAUGGAUUAUUUGAUGAUGCACAUCAGGAAUCACAACACGUACGUGUAUCGGUACUUUGUCUGCGAGUUUCUGUGCCUCGUCAAUAUCAUCGGCCAACUCUAUCUGAUGAACCGAUUCUUCGACGGUGAAUUCUUCAGCUAUGGCCUGCGUGUACUGCAGUUCUCGGAUACACCGCAAGAGGAGCGACUUGACCCCAUGGUCUACGUGUUUCCCCGCGUUACCAAGUGCAUAUUCCACAAAUACGGACCUUCGGGUACGAUACAGCAGCACGAUUCUCUCUGCAUUCUGCCGUUGAACAUCGUCAACGAGAAGACGUACAUCUUCAUCUGGUUCUGGUUCUUCAUACUGGCCAUCAUGUUGAUUAUCCUGCUAGUGUAUCGAAUUUUGAUAAUUUUCGCUCCGAUGAUACGGCCGAGACUGCUGCAUCUGUCGACGAGGCUGCUGCCCAUCGAGACUUGCCAGAGCGUCAGCAGAAAAGUUGACCUCGGCGACUGGUGGAUACUGUACAUUCUCUCGACCAACAUGGACUCGCUCGUCUACAGGGAGUUCCUAAUGGAGUUUACGAAGAAGAUGGGUAAUACUAGCUCGAAGUCCGUGACCGCGUAAAGCGCGAGAUCUUGGACGCGCACCUUAUGCGCUGUAUAGAACAAGAAUUUACUUAGCUUAAUUACACCGACAACACGGACUGACUCGCACCUCGCGCGGCGCGUUCCUGCAAAUAUCUCUCGCAAGGACUUGCAGUUAUAUUUUCGUAUAUUCACAUAUUAUAGCGAUAUGUAACUUUAGAUAUGCGCAAGGAAUUGAGAUUUAAAUUGGAUUUCAUAAUUAUUUUUGUAGACAUUGAUUCAGAAUUACGAUUCUGACUUUUAAAAGCUAUGGAUAUACAAAAAAAUAUAUCACUGAUAAUUCACAAUCAGUGACGUUAUUUUACUUUGUUAUUUGUUUUGCUUUAACCACUUAUUUAUUUAAAAGUUAGAAGAAUAUUCUGAAUCUUGUUGUAAAUAAUUAGUCUUUCCCAAGCGAUCAUUUCUAAGCAUAUUAUAUGUGUAUAUCUCAUUUCAUUUUGCGAUUUUUAAAACAAACACUUUUAUAUCGCGUGUCUCGCGCAAUUCUAUUAGCAUAUGUAAAUGCAGUUGCUUGGGAAAGAUUGAUCCAACGAUCUUAUACUCAAUCUCAUACGAAUGAGAUUUUUAGUAGUUUUAUAUUUAAAAUAUAUAAAAUAGAUAAAACUUAGACAUGAAGGAAUAAGACCAUUUGAAGAAGAGUGUUAGCCUAAAAGAUGAUUCUAACGCAAUUAGCGUGGGCGCGAACAAGUAAAUAGAAUCCAGCUCAAUUUUGUAACACCCGUCAUGUAUAUAAUAUAAUAAACAUAUAAAGGGUGUUUUUUUUUACUAAGUUUUGUUUCACUAGUAAC